AUGGCUCGCUUCUCAUCGAAACGCACUCUCGAAGAGAUAGUCAACAAAUCGGACUCUGACGACUCUGAUUAUGACGACCAUGCCGCACGACCGUCGAGAUCAUCGCGCAAGUCCAAGAAGCAGUCAAAGCCCGCUAAGAAACGACGACGACGCGGUUCCGAUGAUGACGAUAUCGUAUCGGAUGAUGAUCUUCUAAGUGAAGUCGAUGAACUUUCUUAUGAGGAAUCGGAAGAAGAAGACGAUGGUACCGUUGAGAAAAAUGCAAGAGGUCUCAGGCGUCGAAAGGCUGUUAAGAAUCGUCCCUUGUACAAGGAGGACUCCGACGACGAGGAACAAUCGGAGGAAGAGGAAGAGGAAGAUGAAGAUGAUGACGAAGAAAAGGAAACGAAACCUCCCCCAAAAACUCGAAGAAACGUGAUUACACUCAAACUCGGCCAGGCUGCAAAAAAACAAGCCGCGCUCGACGAAAAUCAACGUACCAGACGCAGCACCCGCCAUAAUCGUGAUCCUUCGGAGGACAUCUAUGCAUUGACCAAUUCGGGACGGCACGUAGAAACCAUUGAGGAGGGCGUUGUUGCUGCAGCUCAAGCACCUCGCAGCACACGCCGUGCCUCGAAAACCGUGGCAGGCGCGACACCAAUCGAAGAAGAAGACGAAAACGGUUCAAACAAUGUCAGGUCCAUCGAUGAGAGUGCCGAAACAAAGCAAUCUCAGUUGGAGGUCCUAGAAAGUGAUCCUCCAAAUGACUACGAUGAUGAUGUACCGAAGGACACCACUGAAAAUGCUGACGUUGAAAUGGCCGACGAUGGUGUUAUUCCGGAAUCCGACAAUGAAGCACCAAAAGCGGAAGGCGAGGACGAGGACGAUGAAGACGAAGGUCCGGUCACACGGAGAAGGAACAGACCGAGUCAAAAGUCUCCUGAUAUCGAGCCAGACUCGCAAGCAGACGAUGGUUCUACAGCCAGACGCAGCCGAAAACAACCCCCCCGCUCAUCUCAACGUAAACAAGAUGAUAGUUCUGAUUUUGAGCCCGGCGAAGAAGAGUCCGAGGAUGACGACUUGGUUGAGUCGGACUCAAAUGCCUCACCGCGCAAGGAACAAACCGCGCAAGACGAUAAUAGCAGCAACGGUAGACGACCUGGUCUACGAGCGCGAAAGUCGCAGUCUCGCGGACGGGAUUCCGAAGCAUACGUCGAUGAAGCGGAGGAGCUAGCCGAAGAGCUUCAAGACUUGCAACCAUCACGUCGUCGCAGGAGGAACGUUGAAACCAUCACGUAUGAGGACAAGCCUCGUCGUAGUAGAAAGGAUGUUGAUUACCGUCUCAUUCGGCCAGACUUGAUCCUACCCAUUGAAGAAGAGGAGAGCGAACUCGUAGUAAACGAGUCUCCUUCUCGUCGUGGACGUGGUGCAACCGGAGCCUGGCAGCGCACCCUCUUCUCAACGUCGGGACCUUUUGGUGGUGGUGGCCCUGCCGCUAUUCUGGGACCUCCUGGUGCGCCAGGGGCCACUACAAAUGUCGAUAGCGACAGUAGUGACGAUGAGGUCAUGCAGCUGAAAGGUGGUCCAUCUGCAUCAGGAGCGCUCGCCCCGGGUCUUGGAGGUAUCGGAUUGCCGCCUGCUCAAGCUCAUAAUGCGGAAGCCGCUGCUCCUGGUCUUUCAGGAACGCCUGCCAACUUUGGAAAAGUCAAGGAUAAACAAGCAUUGGCCGAUGCCGAUCCUCUGGGCAUCGAUCCGAACGUUAACUUCGACAGCGUGGGUGGUUUACAAGGUCACAUUGACCAGUUGAAAGAGAUGGUAGCCUUGCCUUUAUUGUAUCCCGAGAUCUUUCAGCGCUUUCACAUCGUACCGCCGCGUGGAGUUUUGUUUCAUGGACCUCCAGGAACUGGUAAGACAUUGAUGGCGCGUGCUCUUGCGUCAAGUGUCAGUUCCGAAGGACGAAAAGUCACAUUCUACAUGAGGAAGGGUGCCGAUGCUUUAAGUAAAUGGGUUGGUGAAGCUGAAAGACAGCUACGGUUGCUCUUUGAGGAAGCUCGCAAAACUCAACCUAGUAUCAUCUUUUUUGAUGAGAUUGAUGGACUUGCACCUGUGAGAUCAAGCAAGCAAGAGCAGAUCCAUGCAUCCAUUGUCUCUACUCUGUUAGCUUUGAUGGAUGGUAUGGAUGGUAGAGGUCAGGUCAUCGUUAUUGGAGCCACCAAUCGACCUGACUCAAUCGACCCUGCUUUGCGUCGUCCUGGCCGAUUCGAUCGCGAAUUCUACUUCCCUUUACCGAGCAAGGAUGGCCGACGUGCCAUUUUGGAUAUUCACACCAAGAACUGGAAUCCUCCUCUGCCAGAACCUAUAAAGGAUGAAUUGGCUGAGUUGACCAAGGGCUAUGGUGGUGCUGAUCUUCGUGCCCUUUGUACGGAAUCUGCUCUCAAUGCAGUGCAAAGACAGUAUCCACAGAUUUACAAAUCCAGUCAAAAGUUACUUAUCGACCCCAAGACGAUCGAAGUCACGCCCAAAGACUUCAUGAUUUCUAUCAAGAAGAUUGUUCCGUCAUCAGAACGAUCUACAUCAUCAGGGGCUACACCAUUACCCAAAAGUAUCGAGCCCUUGUUGCGUGAUCGCUUCGUGGAGAUCAAACAUAUUCUCGCCAACAUACUUCCUCAAUCAAAACGGCUAACUGCCUUGGAGGAAGCUGAGUUUGAAGAGCCUCAAGGCGGAGUAAGUUUCAAAAGAGAGCAAAUGCUUCAAGAAUUCGAGACUUCUCGCAUAUUUAGACCUCGCCUUCUCAUUCGAGGCUUACAGGGAAUGGGACAGCAGUAUCUAGCUGGCGCUGUCCUUCACCAUUUUGAGGGUCUACAUGUUCAGUCUUUUGAUCUCCCCACUCUACUCAGCGACUCUACGAGAUCACCAGAAGCUACCGUUGUUCAGCUUUUUGCCGAGGUCAAGCGUCACAAGCCAAGUGUCAUCUACAUUCCCAAUGUGCAAACGUGGUAUGAUACUGUAGGUCCAGUAGUGGUAUCUACUUUCAAUGGCCUUCUUCGUUCUAUUCCUCCGACGGAUCCUGUUCUCCUCCUUGGAGUACUUGAAGACGGUGAAGAUUCUCAUGAUCCAGCGAUGUUGAAGUCGCUCUUUGGAUACUCCCAGAAGAACAUUUAUACUCUUCCGCCUCCAGGCCAGCCUGCCAGAUAUGAGUAUUUUGGCAGGAUAACGGAAUAUUUGAAGACUUCCCCACCCGAUUUCCCUGACCCAGAAAACCGGAAAAAGAGAAGGUUAGAAACUCUUGAAGUCGCACCUCCUCCACCGCCAAAGCCAGCACCGCCUCUAAGUAAGGAGCAACAGAAAGCACAAAGGAGAAAAGAUCGCCAGACCUUGAAUCUCCUCAAAAUCAGGAUUCAGCCUAUCAUGGACCAGAUUAAAAAAUACAAGCGAUUCAGAACUGGUGUGAUUGAUGAUUCUCAGAUUCGCUACUUGUUCGAAGAGGACGAUCCUUCCAUUCUUACCAGCGAUCUGCCACCGGAACAACAAACGGUGUUCCGGCCCUUUGAGAAAGCCGAGGAUAAGCACGGAGUUCCCGGUCUGAGGGAGACUGCAACCGGUAGAUUCUUCUACAACUUGGAAAUCGUGACCAUCGAGAAGCGUCUAUCUAAUGGCUAUUACAAGAGGCCGAAGGAUUUCUUGGCUGAUAUCAAGAGAAUUGCCAAGGAUGCUCGCUCUUUGGGCGAUCAGGAGCGUCUCCUGCGUGCCAACGAACUCUUGACUAAUGUCGAAGUAGACAUCGGUGGUAUUGAACAGACAGAUCCUGUCCUGGUAGCAGAGUGUGAGGCUGUUUACAAUCGCGAAAUGGAACGAGAGAAAGAAGCUCUUGAACAUGCUAAAAAAAAAAAUCCUUCAAGCGAUAUGCCUCCACCAAACAGUAAUGUACCGCAUGGCAACACCGACUCUAGUCUAUCCUCGGGUCCUAUCGUUCUAGGUCAACCGUUUGUCAAUGGAGCUAGAUCUAUGACACCUUCGCGUCUUUCAAAUGUUGUUUCUGCAAGCAACGGACUUCAUGGUGGUAGCGGUGAUGAUCUCAACCAAAAUGAUAUUUCAAAGAGCGACCAGUCUCGCGUAGAAGAUGGAGAUACGCUCAUGACGAAUUCAGAUGAGCUAGAUUUCUCUGGUCGUCUUACAGCAAACAGUUCUUUUGGCCAAUCCGCUCAGCCAAAACACCCACUCUCGAACACCGCACCCUCGCUUCAAAUUAGAAGAGAAUCGGGAAUUUCGAGUCUAUCGCAAAUGGCACCGAUGACACCGAUGGCUCCUGGAUCUCAGCCAAACGACUAUAGUAAUGAUGCUUCUACAACACAAACGACAUCUGACAAGAAGACGGAUCAAUCGACAGGGCCACAUCUGCAUACACAAAGUCCUGUUACUGGAAGCGGACCACGAGUGGAUUACCCUGACUUGACUUCAUAUCCUGACCGUAUUUCUCAGGAGGAGCAUCUUCCUGAUACCCAGCAAGAUUACCCAUAUUCUCAGAACAGUCAUAUGAACGGAAGUCAAUCACAGCGUGGUCUCCAACGCCCAGGCACUGCUCCAAAACACUCUGCGCCAGCAGCGGAUAUUAAGUCUCUUUUGAACAAUGAAGAACAGCCACCGCGCCUUAUCAUUGAUCACGGCUACAUCGACAAACUCCGCACAGAAUUGACACUACGCACAAGCGGUUGCACAGUCGAACAACUUGAACAGAUCAACACUCAUUUAAUGGACUGUCUCUGGAAGAAGCGCGGAGAAUGGGACAGAACCAAAGUCGCCGUUUUGCUGCAGGAAGAAUUCAACGAGGUGUUUCAAGACAUGCAGCAAAACCAGGAGUUUAUGUCCAUGAGCCAACCCACGAAGGAACAGUUAACUUCGAGGGGAGUAAUCGCACCUCACAAUCUAUGA